AUGGUCAGAUCUUUCACUUUAAUCAAGUCUCUGCCUGUAUUGGCAGCAGGCACUUGGGCUGGUGUCAACUAUCCCACAAUUCCAGACGACUUGACCACUCCAUUUCAACAGCGUUUGGCUGUUUAUGGACCUAACUCUGUCUCCGUCGGUUGGAACACAUAUGAACAGCUCAACACGAGCUGUGUUGAAUACGGUACCUCCGCCGAUGACCUGAGCUCCAAGUCCUGCUCUACCGGUUCAACCACAUAUGACACUUCACGAACAUGGUCCAGUGCAGUCAUUUUGAGCGAUCUGACCGCAGCCACCACUUACUACUAUAAGAUCGUCUCGACCAACUCCUCUGUGAAUCACUUCCUGAGUCCCCGUACACCCGGAGACAAGACCCCAUUCAAUCUCGAUGUUGUGAUCGACCUGGGAGUCUACGGUGCCGAUGGCUACACCAUCUCCAGCAGAGACACAAUCCCCUAUGUCCCACCUGAGCUGAACCACACCACGAUCGCUCGUCUCGCCAGCACAGUGGAUGACUACGAGAUCGUGAUCCACCCCGGAGAUUUCGCCUACGCCGAUGACUGGUACGAGAACAUCGAGAACUUGCUCGAUGGCACAGAAGCCUACCAGUCAAUCCUGGAGCAAUUCUACGACCAGCUUGCUCCUAUCGCAGGCCGCAAACUCUACAUGGCUAGUCCUGGAAACCACGAAGCCGAUUGCACCGAGAUUCCCCUCCUGGAUGAGCUCUGCCCAGAGGGACAAAAGAACUUUACUGAUUUUAUGCACCGUUUCGACCGUACUAUGCCAACCCCAUUCACCUCCUCAUCCACCAACACCACUGCCCAAGAACUCGCAGCUCAGGCCAAGAGCUACGCACUUCCCCCAUUCUGGUACUCCUUCGAAUACGGCAUGGCUCACAUCGUCAUGAUUAACACGGAAACUGACUUCCCCGACGCUCCGGACGGAACAGAUGGUUCUGCCGAUCUAGACAGCGGUCCAUUCGGAAAGAGUGGCCAGCAGCUUGAGUUCCUCAAGGCCGAUCUCGCCAGUGUGGACCGAACAGUUACACCCUGGUUAAUUGUCGGUGGACACAGACCUUGGUACAGCACCGGAGGCUCUGAUAACAUCUGCGAUUCAUGCCAAGAUGCAUUCGAGGAGCUGCUGUACACAUACGGAGUUGAUCUCGCUGUCUUUGGACACGUCCACAACUCACAGCGAUUUACCCCAUUGUACAAUGGUACUGUUGACCCGCGCAACUUGACUGAUCCCAAGGCUCCGUUGUACAUCAUUGCUGGUGGAGCUGGAAACAUUGAAGGGUUGAGUGAUGUUGGUACUGAGCCAUCUUACACAGAGUUUGCGUAUGCAGAUGAUUACAGCUAUGCGACCCUGAAGUUGCUGGAUGAGCAGCAUUUGCAGGUUGAUUUCAUCCGGUCCUCCACCGGUGAGGUUUUGGACACUAGCACUUUGUACAAGUCUCACGAGACCCAGUUUGUGGUGCAGUAG